CCUCUCACCACCUCCUCAGAUUUUAGAGAUAUUUAUUUAUACUAUAAAUAGCCUCAGAAAAUAUGGAAUAAUACAAAACUUUAUAUAGCACAGUCCAAAACCAAGUGUAAAACUGCUCCACAGGCAAGCAAGGCAUAUUAAAUUUACCACAGUCAGAUAUAAACGAAUGAAAAAAAGACUUUUUUAAACACGGAGGAGUCUUUAUAGGUCUUUAAAUUAUAGUACAAACAGAACUAGUGAGUAAAAAAGUAGGCCAUGACUAUUUCGGGCAGCAGGCAUCAUAAUACAAGGCAACCAACUGCUCCAAAACCCCUCUGUGUAACGGGGCAGAGGGUGUGUUAGUGUGAUAUCUUUAGGUUUAAUAACGGGUUGCUAAAUAUGAGAGCGAAAACUUCCAGCCAGAUGUGGAAGUUGGUGCUAACCACAACAGACAAGUCCUGUACCCCUUCACAGCCUGGGAGGGGAGAGCGAGGAAGUAACAGUGACGAAGUUAUUGGGUUCAUAAUCCCAGGAUGAGGGUUUCCUACAUCGUCUUUUCAGCCAGAGCAGUUGUAAUUCUGCCACUAACCGGAGACAGGUCUAAGAUAGACGAGGGUUUGGAGAAGCUGAGCCAGAUCAAACCUGCUGGUGAAACUUACAUGCACGAAGGCAUGAAAGCAGUGUCGGAGCAGAUGAAGACUCAAACUUCGCCGUCGUCCAGCAUCAUCAUCGCUCUGACUGAUGGCAAGCUGGAGGUCUUCCCCUAUGAACUGACUGUACAGGAGGCUGACAGAGCCAGAGGCUUUGGAGCCAGAGUGUACUGCGUCGGGGUCAUGGACUUUGACCACAAACAGCUUGCUGAUAUAGCAGACGGCACAGAGCAAGUCUUCCCGGUGCUGACCGGGUUUCACGCCCUCAAAGACAUCGUCAACUCGAUCCUGAAGCAGACGUGCGCAGACGUAUUCACAAUAGAGCCGUCGAGUGUUUGUGUGAAUGAGUCUUUCAGCGUGGUGCUGAGGGGCAGUGGCUUCAGUGGAUCCAGGAGGACAGACAACAUACUCUGCACCCUCACUGUCAAUGAAAAAACAUACGACCAGAAGCCACAAGUAGUUCGAGACGGCUAUCUGCUGUGUCCAGCUCCCGUUCUGCAAGAGGUCGGACAAUCAAUGGAAGUGCUGGUCAGCCUGAACAACGGAAAAUCCUACAUCUCCAGUCCCAUCACCAUCUAUGCUACGACAUGUUCAGAUGGGACCUGGGCGCUCUGGUUGCUGUUGGCUCUGCUGCUGUUACUGGCUCUGGCUUUAUUCUGGUGGUUCUGGCCUCUCUGCUGCACUGUGGUGAUCAGAGACCCACCCCCGUCUCGGCCACCUCCUCCACCUCCUGUCAUUGAGCCAGAAGAAGCUCUUUCACCCAAACACAGGUGGCCUACAGUGGACGCUUCAUACUAUGGAGGCAGAGGUCCUGGAGGAAUCCAACGCAUGGAGGUGCGUUGGGGGCAGAGUGGGUCCACAGAGGAAGGGUCACGGCUAACGAAAGCCAAAAAUGCUGUGGUCACCAUGCCGGAGGGAGCGGAUGAACCCAUGGUGCCCCGACCCCCGCCACGACCUCCUCCGGUCUACAACCCCCCGCCACAGUCCAAAUGGUACACUCCUAUCAAGGGGCGUUUUGAUGCAUUGCGGGCAUUAAUGAGGAGACAGUAUGACAGAGUGGCGAUCAUGAGGCCGACAUCUCAGGACAAGGGCCGCUGCAUUAACUUCACCAGAGUUCAGAGUCACUGAUGUUUAAACAUGAGGAUCAAGACUUUUCACUUUAUUCCAAAGAUUUGGCCAAAGAUGACUGGCAUGUACACCCACGAGAUUAUUGUUUGGAUUCCAUGUGUUUUUGUAAAUAAAUGUCUUUACUUAUA